AUUUUAAAGCCAAUUCUGCAAUUGUGCACCAAAUUCUAAUCUUCGAAAGGGCGCUCGGGGCAGCAGCAGUAGAGAAUUUCUGUGACGAGGAAAAUCUUGCAUUGUGAUUUAAAACAAAACGGAUUGGGUUUAAUCAGAAAACCAAUCGAAAACGGUCAAAAUUGGUGCUCACAAAUCUCAAACGGAGGCAUCUUAUACACCACGGCCCGAACCCUGGAAAAGAAAAACCUGCUUUGGGAAAUCGCUUUCUUUCUUUAAUGGAAACCCAGAUCCCAAAGAUUCUUUUAGUUGUAAACAUGAAUCAAUAGUCCUCAAGUCGGGGGCAAUCGAUUUGGCUCUGCGAAACCCUAAUACCAUUUUGUUUGUGUUUUAAAAAAUCGUGUUUUUGGUAGCGAAACUGCUUUGUUGUAGUGAGAAGACCUAAAAAAAUGGUUUCCCCCGGUGAAAAUGAUAACCCAAUAGAAGAAAUCGAAGAGGGGGAAAUCGCAGACGGUUCUAACGACGGUUUUGAUGAUAAUGGUGAGGAAAAUUUGCCGACUUUACAGAGAAAGGCGAGUUUGAAUGACUUGGCUGCUUCUAGGUAUUGGAAUGAGCCUGGCAGAAGGGAGGAUAGCCCUAGAUUCAUGGAUCAAGGGCAAACUGGUGGUCAGUGGAGGAGGGAGGGUUUGCAUUAUACUACUUCCAAUGGUAGCUAUAACCCCGACCUUUAUAAUUUGGCAUGGGCUCAGGCAGUGCAGAGCAAACCUCCAAACAAUAAUAACAGUAAUUAUAGCAACAAUGCCAAAUACAAGGAUGAGAAUUUGAAAAGUGCUAGAGGGGUAUCAAGAUCUGAAAACCCUAGAAAUGGCAGGAAAUUUGUUACUAGCAAAAAUGAUGACUGUAUUAAUAUUUCUAGCUCAUCUUCAGAUUCUGUUGACAGUGAUGACAGUGUUAGGGUAAUCAAGAUGUUGCCUCCCAAUAGCAGUGGAAGUGGGGAGAGUUCAAAGAAAGAAUCGUAUGCAGGCAGUGGAGAGAGUGCAAAGAAAGAAAUGGGUACGGGUAUUCUUUGUGAUAAUGAUGAAAAAAUGGAGGUUACAGGAGAUGGCGAUGAUGAUGAAAAGGAAGAGGGGGAGUUGGAGGAAGGUGAGAUUGAAGUAGGAUCCGAGAAUUCAGGGGAUGCUGUUGUUGGAAAGAGAUAUGAUAUGAAGGCAGAAUCUGUUGGGACUUCCAAACAGGGGGUGAAUUUCGACAGAGGGUCAGCGAGGCAUCCGAUUGGGUCAAAAAGAGGCAUUAAUGAAAAACAUGGGUCGAAGAAUCAGGACAGGGAAAAAAUGGCUGCUGCUAUUGGUCAAAUGCUCAAGAAUGUGACAGUCAAGGAUGCUCAAAAGUCAUUCGUAGGUGUUUGUGAUCAACUUCGGAAAGCUUUGGAGUAUCUGAUUAGAAUGAACACGGAUGUGCAUGCUAACAGUGUUUCUGGCGUUGUUAGAGAUAUCUUUACAGGAAUUCGUGCUACAUACGCUGUAUAUAAAACAGGAAGUCUUAAACAGCAGGAGCAGGAGAAAAGUGCAUUUCCAAGGUUGUUGGAAUUUGUAAGUACCAAAGCUCGGAAGCAUUUUACAAAUAAACAAAUUAAAGAGUUCGAGUCCAUGCUGGGACCAGUCUCAUCAGGUAAUCGAAGUUUAAAAGCUGAUACUGCUCAGGGAGAGAAGGGAAAGCAAGGUGUGGUUGCAAUGCACUCUAGUAUGGAAAGUACCUUCAAAUCAGAAGAAAGGGAAAGAAUCUCACAUAAUAUUAAUUUGAUGACUCAGACCUCGUCAAAAUCAAUUGAUCGCUCAAACAAUUCUAAUGAAAUAAACUCGAGAACAUUUGAACCUAAUGACGAUACCCAAGCAUUGACAAUAACAGAAAGUGAUAGUCGAGCUUCUAGCAACAGUGAUAGUCGAGCUUCCAGCAACAGUAGUUUGUUUGUUGGCGGUGCUGGAUCUUCUGAUGGCUCUUUCAAGCUAUGGAAAGAGGAUACUGAAGAACUUAACGAUUCAAAUCUACCGACACCCACUCGUGAGAGUUCCCCAGCACAUUGGAAUCAGCAAAGUUUGAGAUGUAUUGUAGAAAACCAAUCCUCCCGGAAACCGUCCAUUCCAUUUGGUAGGGGCAUUCAAGAAGAAACAGAUGAAAGUGCAUUUUGGGCAUCUGAACCUGUGAAUGCAGUUACAUACUAUCAAGAGAAAUUUGGACGGAAAACGUUUUUUAGCAAUAACAGGCUGCCUAGCCCUACUCCAUCAGAAGAUAAUGAAGAGGAAGAAGCAAGUAAUCAAGGGCUGGAAGUAUCCUCAUAUGUUGCUAAUACACUUCUAAAACAAGUUACAGAGGAGGGCGAAAUGAGGCCUACAGGUUUUGAUGGGAAUUUGUCGUUUCUUUCAGCUAAAGAUUGUUCUGCUCCAUUGAAUUCAGAUCUUGAGUCCCGAGAUGUGAAGCCAGGAACCCAAACUUGGUCUACCGUGAACCUUGAACCGCCGGUUUUCCAGUCUAAAGAUGGUAUGGACGCAGUUGGAUUGAGGAGAUUAAUAAAUUUAACAGCUGUAAUUUCUAGAAAAGCUCUAGCAAAGAGCAGAGAUCCUAGGCGGAGAGUCACUGAAUCUGAGUUAUGUACAGUAGAUCUAAAUACGCAGCCUUGCCAGAUUGAAUCUAGUGUCAUCACAAAAGAACAGGCUGAAGAGGUAUCACUAGAUAGGAAGCACAAGGCUGAUGCUGAUCUUAUUGAGGAUUGUAAUCAUAAGCGACAAAGGAACCUCUCAGCUCACCAUUUGUUUCCUAAUAAUUUUCCAGUGAUGAUGUCUGGGAGUGGUGGAUGGCUAGAGGAAAACACUGUUAUUCCAUCAUCUAGUGACUGGGAUCAAACAUUAGAAAUGGAAGUAGAUAGCACAGGAACCAUUAUCAGACCCAAUGAUUUGCAAAGUGAUUAUAAUAGCAUCUCUGAUGCAGACAUAGAGCACUCAAUCAUUGAAAAUGGAAAUUUAAACAAGAGACUGAAGACUGAGUCUUUUUAUCAGGCAAAUGUGGCAGUGGGCCCUGCCUAUGAAAGCAAUCAACUUCAAUCAAAUCCCAUCGAUGGUAAUUUAAGUUUCAAGAUACAGUCUCAAAGUGAGGAAGAGAAAGCUGGAAGACCAGAAGUAGAUAUAACUGAUCAAGGUCAGCAGAUGCAUGAUUCAGUGAAUUCAAUCUCAACUAUAAUACCUUCUGUGCUGAAAGAUAUAGCCGUCAACCCAACUAUGCUUAUGAGCCUGCUUAAGAAUGGACAAGAGAGCUUGUCAACUCAGGCUGUUCAGAAGACCGAGCAAUAUCAAGAGAAAAAUCCUCCCUCAGUUUCUACUGGAGAAUUAGUGCAGGCAAAUGGAAAAGAGAUGGCAGUUAAUCCUAGCUUGUUAAAAGUUUCUGAUCCACAGCAGCAGUUAUCACAAGGAUUGGCCACUUCUUCUAAACCUGCUACCCAACUUGCUUCUACGGCUGGAGAGUUUCAGAAACGGCAGAUGAAGCCUCGUGAUCCUCGUCGCAUUCUUCCAAUUAAUUCAGGUUGUGAAGAUUUGACAUUGAAUGGACCUACUAAAGCUUGUGUCCCAGUAAGCAGAGAGAUCCAUACGACUUCAUCGAGGCCUACUGUAGAUUCAACUCCAAAGCUAACCCAAGUUUCUAGCUUGCCUAACAUUGAACAGAACUUCAAAGAAAAGCUUGUCCACAUUGCUGAAAUACUUGGAAAAUCUGAUAUGAAAGCAUUACAGGCUCUUUCUUCACAGUUGUGUAUUGACAAUUCAAAGAAGGAAACCGAGUGUCUUGACCUGGAAAACAGCAAGCUUGUCAGGUCAUCCAAGUUCUAUGAAACGGAAGGUAAACAAGAUAUGGGAGAUUUGAACAUGGUUUCUUCUUCUUCACAGAGUUUGCCAGAUGAUAAUACUGGAACUGUACAAAAUAAGCUCCAUCCUUGGGGAGAUUUGGAUCAUAUCUUGGAAGGCUAUAGUGAAGAGCAGCGACUUGCCAUUCAUCAGGAACGGGCACGAAGAAUUGAAGAGCAGAAUAAGAUGUUCCAUGCCAAGAAGCUUUGCCUUGUGUUGGACCUCGAUCACACACUUCUCAAUUCAGCAAAGUUUGUUGAAGUUGAUCCCGUGCAUGAAGAAAUUCUAAGGAAGAAGGAAGAACAAGACAAAGAGAGGCCUUACCGUCACCUCUUUCGCUUUCCUUACAUGGGAAUGUGGACAAAAUUGCGGCCUGGUAUCUGGAAUUUUCUAGACAGGGCAAGUAAGUUGUAUGAACUACAUGUUUACACUAUGGGCAACAAAGUUUAUGCCACAGAAAUGGCCAAAGUACUAGAUCCUACAGGAACUUUAUUUGCAGGACGGGUUAUUUCUAAAGGUGAUGAAGCAGAUGUAGAUGGUGAUGAUAGGCCACCUAAAAGUAAAGAUUUAGAUGGUGUGUUGGGGAUGGAAUCUGCAGUAGUUAUUAUCGAUGAUUCUGCAAGGGUUUGGCCUCAUCAUAGGCACAAUUUAAUUGUGGUCGAGAGGUACAUGUAUUUCCCAUGUAGUAGGCGCCAAUUUGGGCUGGCAGGUCAAUCCUUGUUGGAAGCAGAUGUUGAUGAAAGAGCAGAAGAUGGAACACUAGCAUCCUCUUUAGCAGUGAUUGAGAAAAUCCACCAUAAUUUUUUCUCAAGUAAAUUGUUACAUGAAGUGGAUGUUCGGGAUUUCCUUGCAGCAGAACAGCGGAAGAUUCUAAUGGGUUGUAAAGUUGUUUUUAGUAGAGUUUUCCCUGUUGGAGAAGCUCAGCCACAUCUUCAUCCUCUAUGGCAGAUGGCUGAACAAUUUGGGGCUGUAUGCACAACUCAAAUUGAUGAACAAGUUACUCAUGUUGUAGCCCUUUCUCCUGGAACUGACAAGGUGAAUUGGGCUUUGCAAACAGGUCGAUGGGUUGUCCAUCCUGGGUGGCUUGAAGCUUCAGCACUUCUGUAUCGCCGGGCAAAUGAAAAUCAUUAUUCUAUAAUUAUGACUCAUUAUCCUCCACAAUGAUCUAACUUCAUUCACUUUGCACCUGAUGUGGUAAUGUUGAUAAUACCAGUGAUUCAGAUGGGCGUAGGAAAAAUGAUAAGGCAUAGAAUUGGGGGUGAAAGGGUUUGGUAACAAGGUUAAUUAAUAUAAGGCUUGAGCAGUCUGAGAGUAUACUAAUAACAUUCCCUUUUUGCGGUCUCACUUUGUGAUAUAGUUAACUCGUUUUCAGUUUUCCUGUAUUUUUUUCGUUCAUCUACUAAGAACCAUAUUCAUAUCAAUUGCAAAACCCAUGCAGUUGCAGAGCAGAAGGAAUACCUCGAUUUAACAGUUGUAUAAGCAUGGUUUCCAGGUGCUACAUUGAAAAGAGACAGAUCAUGGUUAUAUGUUUGCAAGUCACAGAAAUCAAAUCAUAUUGAAUGGGAGGUGAAGAAAUGGAGACUGGUCAAAUAUUACAAGAUGAUGGGUGAAAUGUUUGUAAAAUAUUGUCUCAGUAUAUUUUUUCUCGAAGUGUAAAUAUCUCAAGUGGUCGAUUCAUAGUGGGGCAAUUAAUCUAAUUUCAGUUGUCAAUAGAAUUAAUGUAACGAUUUGCUGGGGCUGCAAUUGGCUUGCUUAAAAGAUUUGAAUUUUUAUCACUACAAAAAGUGGACUAGAUAAUUAACAUGAAACUGCCGAUUUUAUGAGUCCUUGUUGAUGAUAAACAGAGCUGGUGCUGUUCACUCUGCUUAUUUACUACAUGCCUUUCGGGUGAAGGAUGGAGUCAGAAUAGCGUUUGCCAAGUCCAUUCCUGUAUCAAGUAGAGCAUUCAAAAGGAUUAUUCACAAUCAAUCGUUAAAGUUGUCAAUUAUAGGUUAGAUAAUUCAUAACAUUGUUUCCUUGGAGUUAUUCCAUCCUGAUGAUUCUAGUUUUACUAGUAGAACUAUUCAAUUGAAAAAGAUGAUUUGUGAACCUAAAAAUCACUCGCCUAGCAUCUGAAUAAAGUUUUGCCUUACCUGAUGAGUCAGAACUGGAUUAUAGGCUUUUUAUCUUGGUUUUAUUGAUUUGUGUAUGCAGGUAUGAUCCUUGUCCAUGACCUCUUCUCUGAUUGAAAUAUGUAAAUACACCAAGCUAUAAACUGGUAAUCAUUAUGUUUGGAA